AUGCCGCCACGCAAGGUUCCAGUGCGCAAGGCCGUUGCACCCACCGCGUCAACCUCUAAAGCUGCGGUAUCUCAUUCUGGAACUGAACCUAACCCAACCACCGCUCCUGUCAAACAUGCCGUGGCCGACGACAGCGCCGAGAUUGCCAGGCAAGAAGGAUUGGCCGAAUGGGAGGAGAUGUGCAGACCAAACUGGAAAGGACUGGGCCUUAUGGAUCCAAUUAAAAGCGUGGAAGAUAAAUGGCUUUUGCUACCCGCCUUCCUCAAGGUCAAGGGUCUCGUCAAACAACACAUCGACUCGUUCAACUACUUUGUAGAUGUAGAUCUCGCCAACAUCUUGAAAGCCAACAACAAGGUGCUCUCUGACGUGGAUCCUAAAUUUUGGCUCAAAUAUACUGGAAUCCACGUUGGAAUGCCUACUCGCAAUGAUGACUCAUUCGACAAGUCAGUAACUCCUCACGAAUGCCGCCUACGGGAUACCACUUAUGCUGCGACCAUCACCGUCGAUGUACAGUACACACGAGGGAAUGUCAUUGUCCGGCGUAAAGGGGUGCCCAUUGGAAGACUGCCAAUCAUGCUGAGGAGUAACAAAUGUGUCCUUGCGGGACAAUCGGAAGCGUCCUUGGCUCGAAUGACGGAAUGCCCGUUGGACCCAGGAGGUUACUUCAUUGUCAAGGGUACCGAGAAGGUUAUAUUGGUUCAAGAACAACUCAGCAAAAAUCGAAUUAUUGUCGAGACGGAUCCGGUGAAAGGGAUUGUUCAAGCAUCGGUUACUUCCUCCACCCAUGAGCGCAAAUCCAAGACAUAUGUUCUCAUGAAGAAGAAUCGGAUUUAUCUUAGGCACAACUCGAUAAACGAGGAUAUCCCUGUUUGUAUCGCGCUCAAGGCGAUGGGAAUCCAAGCUGAUAAAGAGAUCCUCCUUCUCUGCGCCGGCACGACUGAAGCACACAAGUCGGCGUUCGCUCCCAACCUUGAAGACUGUGCUCUAGCGGGCGUCUUUACUACUCAACAAGCUCUAGAGUAUAUUGGGUCGAGGGUCAAGGUCACCAGGCGGGGCUUCCAAGCUGGGCCGAAAAGACCGGUAUGGGAGGAAGCCAUGGAAGCACUUGCGACGAUUGUACUGGCACAUGUCGAGGUCAAGGGGAUGGACUUUAAGCACAAGGCGAUUUAUAUCGCAACGAUGACAAGAAGAGUCUUGAUGGCCAUGGCAGACGAAAAACUUGUGGACGAUCGGGACUAUGUAGGAAACAAACGACUGGAAUUGGCCGGGCAGCUCUUGUCGCUCUUGUUCGAAGAUAUAUUCAAAACAUUCAACCAGAAUCUCAAAUCUAGCAUAGACAAGGUUCUCAAAAAACCAAGUCGAACAUCCGAGUUUGAUGCGUACCAGAGUCUCCUGUAUCAGUCGGACCUCAUCACCUCCGGAUUCGUCCGUGCAAUCUCAACCGGGAACUGGAGCUUGAAACGUUUCAAGAUGGAACGUGCUGGCGUGACCCACGUCUUAUCCCGGUUAAGUUUCAUAUCAGCUUUGGGCAUGAUGACUCGUAUCAGCUCCCAAUUCGAAAAGACACGCAAACGACACCCAGAAGGAGAAGCUUGCGGCUUGGUCAAAAAUCUGGCUCUUAUGACACAUAUUACCACCGACGUUGAGGAAGAACCGAUCAAAAAAAUAGUUUAUAUGCUAGGCGUGGAAGACAUCACAUUUUCGACUGGUGCAGAGAUAUACUCCCCCCAUACUUUUGUUGUCAAUGUGAAUGGGUCCAUCGUGGGGUUAACUCGUUUCCCGGCCCGUUUUGUCGCAAACUUUAGGAAGCUCCGGAGGUCUGGACGAAUAAGCGAAUUUAUCAGCGUUUAUAUCAAUCAUCACCACCACACGGUUCAUAUCGCUUCCGACGGAGGCAGAAUCUGUCGUCCCAUGAUCAUUGUCGAAAACGAAAGGCCGAGGGUUAGGACAGAACAUAUCAAUUUGCUCAAACGUGGCGUGGUAACUUUCGACGAUUUCCUCAAGAAAGGCUUGAUCGAAUACCUCGACGUGAACGAAGAAAACGAUUCGCAUAUCGCACUCUAUGAAUCUUCCAUCGAGCCGUCUACAACGCACCUUGAGAUCGAACCAUUUACGAUACUGGGAGCGGUGGCUGGUCUGAUUCCAUAUCCACACCACAACCAAUCACCACGCAAUACGUAUCAAUGUGCCAUGGGCAAGCAAUCGAUUGGUGCUAUCGCUUACAACCAGUUGAACCGGAUCGAUACACUCCUGUAUCUCAGUGUCUAUCCUCAGCAACCAAUGGUUAAAACCAAAACCAUCGAAUUGAUCGGGUACGAUCGGUUACCCGCUGGACAAAACGCGACGGUUGCGGUGAUGAGUUACUCGGGAUACGAUAUCGAGGACGCCCUGAUACUGAAUAAGGCAAGCUUAGAUCGAGGCUAUGGACGAUGCCAGGUGUUCAGGAAGAACGCGACACUCAUCCGCAAGUAUCCUAACGGGACCUUUGACCGCUUGGCGGAUGCACCGCGGGAAGCUGACGGGUCUGUGCAGAAACGGUACGAUAUUAUUCAGGCAGAUGGAAUUGCUGGCGUUGGGGAGCGAGUCGAUCCAGGCGAUGUGUACGUCAACAAACAAUCGCCUAUCAAUGCCAAUGACAACACGUUCAACACCGGCGAAGGGGCAUCAGCCUCGAUUUCAUAUCGUAAUACCCCAAUGUCAUAUAAAUCACCGAUGGCCGGUUAUAUCGACAAGGUGAUGCUGACCGACACAGACAACGACCAGACGCUUGUCAAAGUAUUACUUAGGCAAACUAGACGACCCGAGCUGGGCGACAAGUUUUCCAGUCGUCACGGACAAAAGGGAGUGUGUGGCUUGAUUGUAAAUCAGGAAGACAUGCCAUUUAAUGAUCAAGGAAUCAACCCUGAUACAAUCAUGAAUCCACACGGUUUCCCCUCACGUAUGACAGUUGGGAAAAUGAUUGAACUUCUUGCAGGCAAAGCCGGAGUUUUAUCGGGCUCCUUGCAAUACGGGACGGCUUUUGGAGGAUCAAAGGUGGAAGAUAUGUCCCGAAUUCUUAUCGAUUAUGGGUUUAGCUAUGCCGGUAAAGAUAUGCUAACCAGCGGGAUUACCGGCGAACCCAUGGAGUGCUAUGUUUAUUUUGGGCCGAUUUAUUAUCAGAAAUUGAGUAAGUUCUGCUCCUUUACUUUUUACUAUAAAGCUCCGGGUAAUCGCAACUUUAUAGAACACAUGGUGAUGGAUAAAAUGCACGCACGAGCGAAAGGUCCGCGUGCGGUACUUACACGUCAGCCGACUGAGGGUCGCUCUCGUGAUGGAGGUCUUCGUCUGGGUGAAAUGGAGCGUGACUGUCUUAUCGGCUACGGAGCAACUCAACUAUUACUUGAACGAUUGAUGAUAUCUUCUGAUGCCUUUGAAAUCAACGCUUGUGAGACAUGUGGUCUCAUGGGUUAUAACGGAUGGUGUCCCUACUGCAAAAGCUCUAAGAAGGUUGCAAAAUUGACAAUCCCAUAUGCAGCAAAACUUUUGUUCCAGGAAUUAACUGCAAUGAACGUCCUUCCCCGGCUUGUUCUUGAAGAUGCGUAG